GUUGCCUAUCAAGAUCCUUUUGGGGAGAGAAGAUAUUGAUGGAAGCUAUUUUUAAAUUGAGUAUUCAUCGAAUGAUCUUUUAGGGGAUAAGAUAUCAAUAAACCGUUGUGAAUGGAUUUAUCACCAACCGUCUAUUAUUUCAAUUAAUUUGUCCAGGGAGGGGAGGAAUAAUGAGUAAAAAGGAUCUUUAUAAAGUAUUAGAUGUAGCCAAAAAUGCCUCGCAGGAUGAUAUCAAAAAACAAUAUAGAAAAUUAGCCAAGAAAUAUCACCCAGAUAAGAAUAAGGAGGAAGGCGCUGAAGAGAAAUUUAAAGAACUCUCGGCUGCGUAUGAAGUUAUUGGUGACGAAGAUAAGAGAAAGGAUUAUGAUGUAGACAUAAGAAUCCAAGAGUAUGAUAAGAGAAAAGCGCAAGAACGAAGAUCUGCAGGACAUAAAGAAGGCAAAUUUGGAAAUAGUGGAUUUGGGUCAGAAUUCAACUUUCGCUAUACGUCUGACUGGAAAUCUGACCCUUUUAAAAAUAGCAAUAAUAAACAAUCGGGUUCAAAAUUUAAAAAUUCGUCUAGAAGAAAGCACAGGGGUGGCCCAACGAAUUCUGAAAGACCUGAAUGGAAUAACAAUUGGGGCGACACUGGCUUUGAUGAUGAUGAAUUCGUUUUUAAAGAUACGUUCGACUCUUUCAGAUUUCCCAAAUUUCCUUUUUCGUCUCCUUUCGAUGAUGUGUUUGACUCUUUUUUCGGAACGUCUGCUAAAAACUCGCCUAGAGGUCAUAAUCCCUUCGAGUUUGUUUUUAAUCUCAAAUCAGGGUUUGGAGAUCCGUUCGAAGAACGUUUCCUAAACGAUUUUACAAAUAAAAAUCGACGAAAUCCUCGUCAAAUGUCUGACGAGGAAGUUAGUGGUAUGUAUGAUUGGAGUGUUCCACUGUGGAGAAGGAGGAGAAAAUCUUCAUUCGAAGAUGAUGAAGAGGGUAAUACAUCUAGAUUCCCUUGUGUAUAUUGUGGAAGUAUGUUCCCUCCUCAAGGCCUGGCAAGACACCAAAGUGUAUGUAAAAGAUGGCAAAAGGAAAAUGCAAGAACGCCUAGCUACGGAACAACAGAGUUUCCAAAUAAUCAAAAUUCGAGAAGUAGUCAAAGAAGAAAAGAACCCAAGACUGAAGAUGAACUUAUAAGUUGCUCAUACUGUGGAUUGAGAUUGAGUGCCAAUUUAGCUAAAACUCACAUACCUCUUUGCAAAGCUACAAAGUCUCAUACUCGACCGUCCAGCGGAAAAAAUGCUUACUCUUCGGGUCAUUUUUUCAGACCUCAGUCUAGGAAAUUUUAGCGCUUCCUCUCUAUAUAUGAUUUGCUUAUUGCUCCGUCUCCUCAUAAAGAUCUUAUUGUAUGUGCAUGGCUUCUUUUUUGUGGGUAAUUUUAACUGAAAUUUAUAAAAAUUUCAAAUUUUCGAAUACAAUAUUUUAUAAUAAAAAAAAAUCGUUUGAUAAACUAUCUCCUCCUAAAUCGUAAACAAGAAAAUAAAGAUGCUAAUCAAUCGAUUGAAUAACCACAAAAUUGUCAAGAUCCGCUUUGCUGCACCACAACUAUUUAAGCGAGUGUCAUAUUUACAAAUCCUUAAGAAUGCCAAUUAUUUUAAUAUAUUGGCUUAAGUGAGGGUAAACGUAUAAAUUGAAUUGGUUUUAUUUAUUUUUUUUCUUUUAAAUAAAAUUGACCUCUGGUCUUUUUUUUCCAACUGGUGUCUUUAAUUAAUUGCGCGAUAUUGCGCAUCUAGCUAAGCGUUCAUCGUUUGUAUUAAAGGCCAAGCAAGUUGCCAAAGCAUUCGAUAGAUUAAAGCUUCUUGGCACAGCAGUCUUUCUUUUCCAAACAUCUUCAUCCUCGUCAUAUCGCCAAAUCUCACUUUCAGUUGCUUGAGGAUGUUCUCGUCCAAUCGAUAAAAAUUCACCAUUAACAGAUACAAAGUGGCCAACGCUUCUGCCACUCAUAGUUUGCGUAAGAACUGUCCAUUGAUUUUUAUUGCUGUCGUAACAUUCUAAAUGAAUGUUAGACAGGUGACUCUGACUAUGAGUCCCUCCAGCCACAAAAAUUUGGUCUUUAUGAACUAACAUCUGAUGUAGUCGUCUGGAAAAUUUCAUUGGUUCCCUAUAUAUCCAGCUCCCAUUGUCGAAUUCUAACAAUUGAUUGGACGGCUCUCUAUUAACAACCCCACCGCUAAUAAAUAUCCUAUCUCCUAGAGAUACUCCGGAAUGGGAGUGAGUAGGUAAUGGUAAAUUUGUACCGGUUAACCACGUAUUUCUAGCUGAAUUAUAAACUUCAAUCGAGUCUAAAGGUUGAAGCAGAUCGUCCAUACCGCCAGAAAUCAAUAGCAUACUCUUGGAUAGGGCGAAGAAAGCGGCGUCUAUCCUUACAGUCUGGUUAGUAGUCAAUUGAACAACACUUAAGUGCCGUGGAUCGAAUCGCAAAAGUUGAGCCAGGGACGUACCGCCGCCGGCAUCCAAAAUUCUAUAGAUGAAUAAAAAAUUAUCCAAAGAAGUGGUUCUCGAGUCUUUGGCACCAUUCACGUCUCCUGAAAGCCUGUAUAAUCUAUCGUUAUCAACAUUUAAAGUAAAAAUAUCUAAUGGUUGAUAAACCGAUCCAUGUUGUGUGCAUACGAGCAUUUCUGUCGGCGUUCUUAAUCUAGUUCGACUAUUUAACAAUGGGUGUUUAACUAAUGAGUCGUCAUGAUAAGCCCUACCCUCGUUAACUAUGUUGAUAGUUUGUCCUUUGCACAGACUAUGUGUGGAUAGUUCAACCAAAACGCUAUCUGGUAAUAGAGAGAAUCUUACAUUCUCCAUUAGCCUAACAGAGUCUUGUAACCUUGUUGAUUUUCCAUAACUAACCCACUUCAUAACAUGAUCAAAUAAAUGACGUUCAUUGGAGACAAUCAAGUCGUCACUCGCUAAUAUUUGGCACAAUUCAUUAGCUGAAGUCCUCUUGAAUCGUUCGGAUUUGGAAAACUCUUCGAAAUUUCUUAGACUCAUCUGUCUAUAAUAAUCUUGAACUUUCUUUAAGGCAUAUCUGUCGGCUACAGCAAGAAUUUCAUCAGCACUUUCAAAGGUUAGUUUAUGUAUUAAAUAAUUUGAACAGGCUUCAAGGGCUGUAGCGAUUUGUAGAUGAGAUGAAGCGUCUAAUAUGGCUGUAAUGUUGUUUGUAUCUAACGUUAGACGUCCACUGUACAUAAAUUCUAUAAUUGAUGUUAGGGUCGUUCCUGGAAUUCCUUUCAAAUCGACAGAACGUUCACGGCUUUCCUUCAUCGGCCCAAGAAGCAUUGCCCUAAAAUAAUCGGAAGUGGCUACAAGAACGAGGGCAUGAACCCUGACUGAGACUCUUUCAGCAGUAACUGUGAAAUCACACAGUGAAUCUUCUGCUCGAAGUUCGCGUAAUUUAUCAACUAAAUUUUCGCCGUAAGAAUCGGCGGUCACGUCAACCCUGUGCGUAGGAGACGUUUUCCUCGAAAUUAAAGCCAUUGUCUAUUCUCGUUUUCACUUAAAUCAUGCAAAUAUAUGAAGAUGGUUUAGAACCAAAGCGUUCUAGAAGCUGUCCCUGAAUUUUAUUUGAGGUAGAAUACCGACUUGCUCCAUUUAUCAUCACCACUCGGUAAGGAAUAUUUCACCUACUUAAUACGGUAAGGCCAUCUAUAUUCCCAAUGAAAGCGACA